CCGAGAAUUCGACCUUACUGGUGUCCCGAUAUGCAUUCCGCACUGUAUGGUUUUUGUUCUUGUUAAUCGUAACCUGAAACAAACCAAAGAGUUCAUUCAUUUUGGCGUCGAAACCAUUGAAUAUAACGCUGUCACUGGGUCCUCAAAUAUUAAAAUGGAAAUAAUCAUUCUUUAUCCGUCCCAAUCCACAAGAUUUAAACAUUUGGGUACUUCAAGAUCAAAUAUUAAAGUAGGAAAUACCUACCUCGUAUCGGGUCUCCUUAAAUUCUCUGAUUCCGGCAAAAUAAUGAUCGAGGCCUCUGAUAUCGAUUUUUCAAAAUUACCUCCUUUAAAUCUUAUACUUCCCGAAAUUUCUUCCUCUACGUCAUCAACUACUCGCUCGAUUAUCGAUAUUAUUGCAGAUGAUAUUGAUUCCAACACUGACCAAUCAUCUACAAAACCUUCUUCUAUUAGGUAUGAUAACAUCCUCGCUUCUAGUUCCUCCGCAACGUUAUCCGCUUCAACUGCUGCUGAUAUUGAAAUUAAUUCAUUGGUUGAAAAGAAUAAUUACAUUGACUUAAAUGCAGAGGAUAACAACUGUGAAUGUGAUUCUGAUCAUAAAUACGAUGAAAAUGAAGAUUCGGAAGAUGAUCAACCUAAGAAGAGGAAAAGGAGUGUAAGAAUCAAUAAGAAGGAUAAAGGGAAAGAAUAUUAUGAAAAAUAA